AUGUGGAUCGACGCGUUAUGUAUCGACCAAGACAACUACAAAGAGAAAGCAGAAGAGGUUGCUAAGAUGGGCGAUAUCUUCUGGCGUGCAGCUGAAGUCGUUGCCUACAUUGGUCCCGAGGCGGAUGAAAGAGUCAAAUUGAUGGAUUAUAUGGAACACCUUGGAAAGACUGUCGAGUAUGACUGGUCAACACGACAUCUUGAUGUUGCGGAUUUGCGGCAUAUGUGGAACGGAAUGCGCUUGUUCGAUGAUAAUGGGGAUCUGCUUGUCGAUGCCGAUGAAGUUGUUGGUGGCAAUCUUGUCGGCAAACCAUGA